UCCUGUCUAUUUAUCUCAAAUGCUGUCCGUAUCUGCAUGAAAUUUCACUAUAUAUUCUCUGCACACUGCACUACUCUUACACUUUACAACUACAUUCUCAAUCGUUAAAAAGGCUUAUUAUCAAUGGAAAAUGAAACAAGUUUAAAUUUCCAGUUUCCACCAGGAUUCAGGUUUCAUCCAUCUGAUGAGGAGCUGAUCGUCCAUUACUUGCGAAACAAAGUUGAUUCGCGUCCAUUGCCAGCGUCCAUAAUCGCUGAAAUCGAUCUAUACAAGCACAAUCCAUGGGAACUACCGAAGAAGGCUUUGUUUGGAGAAGAUGAAUGGUACUUCUUCAGUCUAAGGAAGAGAAAAUACCCGAAUGGAGCUAGGCCAAACAGAGCUGCCGGAUCAGGUUAUUGGAAGGCUACGGGUACUGAUAGACCUAUUCUUACUUGUUCUGAAUCAAAGAACAUUGGAGUCAAAAAAGCUCUAGUUUUCUACAAAGGUCGUCCUCUUAAAGGGAUCAAGACAGCCUGGAUGAUGGAUGAGUAUAGACUGCUCGACAGGACGACGAAACCGUCCCGGACGAAAGGAUCCAUGAGGUUAGAUGACUGGGUGCUAUGCCGAGUUAGACAGAGAGGAAGCACGACAAAGAACACAACUGAAGGUCAAGACAGCCAAAAUAGAGACUCGGCUUGGUUCAUACCGGAUAUGGAGGAAACCUGUCGUACAUACAUAAGCUACAAAACUGAUAUGAUCACUAAUUGUUUGAAUCAAGAUUGCCAGGUUUUAGCUUCCAUACUAGCUGGGCAAGCUUUACCUCCUAUUGAAACCGUCUCAGGCGUUAGCAAUCAAGGGAGCAAUAAGGACAACAGUUUUACCUAUCUGGAAGAAGGUAGCGAAAAAUUGAAUUCCUCAAUAACAAUUUUCUCUUCCGACAGUUCUAGUACCCUGAAAAGGAAACCUAAUGAAGAUGUCGGAUUUAACAAACUUCUGUUAUCUGACAAGAAGUUUAGCAACAUCAAUAGAUAUGAGCAUCUUCUACCUAGAGACACAAUACUACGCUGUGAUGAGAACUAUUAUGGCCAAAACCAGUCUCACGACAGCUUCUGCACUCCUAACACGUUUGAUCACGUCACCGGAUUCCUUGAGCUUAAUGAAUUAUCCUUUAGCAGUAAAUAUUUACCGUGAGAAAAACUUUGUAAAAUUCAGACUGUACAGCACAUUGUAUAUAUAGGGGCCAAGAUGGAUAUGCUUCAAGGAGUGGACAAUAAAUCAACAUAUAUAGUCCAUAGCUAAUUGCACAUCAAAGCACUAGCAUGUAGUUAAAAAUCUAAAAAUGCAGUUUACUACAAUUUGCAUCUUAGAUAAUGCAAACAAAUAAAUGUUCAUGCA